UUAGGAAUUUUAACAGAAAUACCGACCAAUCCAAGCCACAGUGCAUCGAGAGCAAAAAAGAGGAAGAGAAACAUAAUUACAGAAAACAAAGAAACGCAGAUAAAGAAAAAGAAAUGGCAACGAACAUUAAUGUGAGAGAAGAAAGAAGAAAAAGAAUUUUGGAGAGAGGGUCGGAUCGAAUGGCACUCAUCACGGGCCGAGUUCAAUCUCUCCCUCCAUCACCACGAUAUCCAUCAUCCCCAUUAUCAUCACGAUCAACAUCUUCAUCAGCUCCUUAUCAUCAAUCUUUGCUUUCUGAUCAACAUCAACAACCGCACAAUACUAUUUCUGCUGCGGUGGAGAAAAUUAAGGAAAAUGACCAUGUUGGUGAUAAAAUAUUGCCAGACCAUAAAAGUAGAGAAGAGAUUAUAAAGGAAGAACAACAUUCUGAGAAUGGAAGCCACACAAAAAAACCUCAAUUGCGCAAACUGAACAACAUAAGUACUACUACUACAGAGGCUAAACUACCCCUGCCUGAACAAUCAUCAUCAAUGGUUCAAAAGGCUAAUACUCAAAAAGAGCCUGUACACUUUGAGCCAAUCAAGAUCAAUCGUCUUAAUAACUUGUUCACUUCCAAAGAAUUAAACUCCUGCAUCGUAGCUUCUGGGAAUAUACGCAUUUUCUGUGCUUUCAUAAUCGCAAUUUUGGUAGUGAUAUCAUAUGUUGAUUAUCCAUUAUUUGGGAUUAAUUUAGUGAGGUCACAGAGCGUUGUGGCCUCAAGGCCUCUGUACCUCCUCUUGCUAACCGAUGUGACGAUUGUUGCUGCUCAUUUGUUAUACCUCAAGAAGCUAAGCGGCUUCGAGCAGUCAGAGGAAGAGAAACAGGUUCCUCAGGCUGAUGAAGAAGCAGAUAACUGGGAAGGAGCUUUUAAAGUUUUGGAGAGAGGUUUGGUGGUUUACCAGGCUAUCCGUGGGAUUUUCAUGGACUGCAGUGUUUAUACAGUGGUCGUUGUUUGUGGCCUCUCUUUGGUGUAGCUUUUCGAUUGCCUUUGUGCUUCAAUUAUUGACUCGGCAGAUCCUUGAAUCACACCAUUCAUUUAUGCAAAUCUGGCAAGAAGCAAAUCUCAGUUUUGAUUCUAUUUUAUGCAUAUACACAUAGCCUCAGAUUCAUUGGGAACAGCAUAAUAUUUUCCUUGUUAAUCGAAAUUUUUAACUGUUUCAGAACUAUUAGCUGCCUCUUAAUAUCAAAAUUAUUAUGCUCUAA